UUUUACUUUUGUGAUAAAAUUUUCUCGUUAUUAAUACGUUUUUUUUUUUAAGAAAAUAUUUUGAGCCCACCAUUUUGCAGCUUUCCUGUUCCUCUGUCAACCGAAAAAACCAAACUACGAGCUCUUUUAGAAAUUGGAACAAAAAAAAAAAAAUGAUUUAUUAAAAUAAAAUUGGUCGUUCGGACAAGCUCUCCCUCAAGCUCGGAAAACCCCCAAAACCCAUAUUCUUUCCCUUUUGAGGUUAAUCCUGUUUUGUCCGAAAUCUAUUUUUUUUUGCAUACGAGAAAUGCAAAAUCUGAUCCUCUCUCUUAUCCAAGCGGAUUCUAUGUAAAGGUUGCUCUAGAAACAUGGAUCCUUGGAAGUGCACAUCCUCUGUUGGUGUGCCUUCCCUUGAUAGGGCUACUUGUAAAUUUCCCGGUAAGACGGCUGACAAGACUCAACUCAACGCUAUUGAGAGAGCUAGUAGUCCUCACUCUGUCGAGACUGAAGUCCAUGUCGACCUUAGAGAAGUUUACCUUUUGAUUUUGCACUUUCUGUCUUCUGGGCCGUGCAAGAAGACUUUUUCACACUUCUUGGACGAGCUUAUGGAACAUCAGCUUCUGCCUAGAAGAUAUCACGCUUGGUUUUCAAGGAGCGGUGUAUGUUGUGAGGACGAUGAUGAUGGUGAUGGUGAUGUCUCUUUCCCGUUGACUUAUGCUAACUUGGUGGAGAGGUAUCCUCACAUUGGGAAGGAUCAUUUGGUGAAGCUCUUGAAGCAACUGAUAAUGGUUGCAACCUCUCCUUCGCAUGGCAAGGUUGGAAGAUCUGCCCCUAACGCAGCUGAUGUCCCUACAUUACUGGGAACUGGUUCUUUUUCACUUCUAGAGCGUGAUAGGAAUGUGGAGAACAGACAAGAUAAGCGCCUGCCAGCAUACUUACAUUGGCCUCACAUGCAAGCCGGUCAAGUACGUGGCCUUGGUUUAAGGGAAGUUGGAGGAGGUUUUACAAAGCACCAUCGUGCUCCAUCUAUUCGUUCUGCAUGUUAUGCCAUUGCUAAACCAUCAACUAUCCUGCAAAAGAUGCAAAACAUAAAGAAGCUAAGAGGGCACCGAAAUGCUGUUUAUUGUGCCAUAUUUGAUCGGUCUGGGAGAUAUGUUAUUACCGGUUCAGAUGAUCGUCUUGUCAAAAUUUGGUCAAUGGAAACCGCACUCUGCUUGGCCAGCUGCCGUGGGCAUGAAGGUGAUAUCACUGACUUGGCUGUAAGUUCAAACAAUGCAGUGGUGGCAUCUGGUUCAAAUGACUUUGUCAUUCGAGUUUGGCGCUUAGCAGAUGGAAUGCCGGUAUCAGUUUUGCAGGGCCACACCGGAGCUGUUACUGCAAUUGCAUUCAGUCCCAGGCCUAAUGCCGUAUUCCAGCUUUUAUCUUCAUCAGACGAUGGAACUUGUCGAAUAUGGGAUGCUAGGUCCUCCCAGUGCAAACCAAGAAUAUACCAACCGAAACCUUCAGACGCUUUAAGUGGAAAAAACAAUGUUCCAUCAAAUAAUGGACCGUCUACAAGCAAUGCUUCACAAAGCCAUCAAAUACUUUGCUGUGCUUUCAAUGCAGAUGGAACUGUUUUUGUCACUGGUAGCUCUGACACGUUUGCAAGGGUUUGGAGUACUUUAAAAUCUAACACAGAUGACCCAGAACAACCAAUGCAUGAAAUGGAUGUAUUGUCUGGCCACGAGGAUGAUGUCAAUUAUGUGCAAUUCAGUGGCUGUGCCGUGGCUUCAAAAUCUUCACUAUUCGACUCUUUGAAGGAGGAGAAUAUUCCAAAAUUCAAGAAUUCCUGGUUCUGUCACGAUAAUAUAGUUACCUGUUCUCGAGAUGGUAGUGCAAUUAUUUGGGUUCCAAGAUCUCGUAGAUCCCAUGGGAAAGUUGGACGUUGGACACGUGCAUAUCAUCUAAAGGUUCCCCCUCCGCCACUGCCUCCUCAACCUUCUAGAGGAGGUCCACGUCAGAGAUUUCUUCCGACUCCUCGUGGUGUUAACAUGAUUGUGUGGAGCCUGGAUAAUCGCUUUGUGCUUGCAGCUAUUAUGGAUUGUAGAAUCUGUGUCUGGAAUGCCGUUGAUGGUAGCUUAGUGCAUUCUUUGACUGGUCACACUGCAUCUUCCUAUGUUUUGGAUGUCCAUCCUUUCAAUCCUCGGAUAGCUAUGAGUGCUGGGUAUGAUGGCCGAACAAUAGUGUGGGAUAUAUGGGAGGGCACGCCUAUUCGGAUAUACCAAAUAGGGGAUUUUAAGUUGGUUGAUGGAAAGUUUUCUGCGGAUGGGACUUCAAUUGUACUUUCCGAUGAUGUUGGCCAAAUAUACUUGAUAAAUACAGGACAAGGCGAAUCUCAAAAAGAUUCUAAAUAUGAUCAGUUCUUUCUUGGGGAUUAUCGCCCGGUCAUAAGAGAUACUUCUGGCAAUGUUCUUGAUCAGGAGACCCAACUUCUCGUCUAUCAAAGGAACAUUCAAGACCCAGUUUGUGAUUCAAGUAUGAUGCCAUAUCCAGAACCUUAUCAGACUUUGUUCCAGCAGCGCCGACUUGGCGCACUGGGUAUCGAGUGGCGACCUUCCACCAUGAGACUUGCCAUUGGCCCGGAAAUCAGCUUGGGCCUGGAUUAUCAUAUGCCUCCUUUGCCUGAUUUAGAUAGAAUUAUUGAGCCCCUACCAGAAUUUAUUGAUGCCAUGCUUUGGGAGCCUGAAAAUGAAGUUUUGAGUGAAGAUAGCGAUUCUGAGUACAACGUAACUGAGGAAAAUUCCAGUGAAGGUGAGAAGGAAAGUAUUUCUAGCUCUUCUAAUGAUUCAGAAUUUGAUGAUGGCAGAGCUGGGCAUGAUCAUAAAGACGGCCUUCGAAGAUCAAGAAGGAAACAACACAAGAUUGAUUUAAUGACUUCAUCUGGGAGGCGUGUCAAGAAAAGGAUUUUGGAUGAAUCUGCCAGUACACUACCUGGGAGUUCCAAAAAUAAGAAAUCAAAAAUUGGCCGUAAAGGUUCGAAGAAAAAGUCUUCUAAAGCAAAGACGUCAAGACCCCAACGGCUUGCAGCAUGCAAUGCCCGAAAUAUGCUUUCCCAAAUUAGUGGAACGUCUUCAGAGGGAGAGGACCAAGAUGACUCGGACUUUGAUUCAUCAGACAGCGACUUGGGGACACGGGAUUUGAACAUCCAAAACAAAAAUGAAUCUGAUUGGAACUUACAGAAUAUGCAUCAGGAUGUUCCUAGAGACGAAGAACCAUCUUCAAAAGAGUUAGAGGAAAUGACCAAGCCUUCUCCAAUCUCUAAAUCUCAAUCAAACAUAAAAAACAAGCCGAGAUUGCUGUUAAAGUUUUCGCUUCGUGAUUUGAAGAAGCAAGUGCCUCCGGAGGAAUCAAAACACAAAUGUGACAAUCAAAAUGAUUUAGCACAUCCAUCUUCUGCACCUCAAGAGAUCACUCAAGAGAUGAGGAAUCAUGUAAUCUCUACGGGGCCAUCCUCAACGUUGGAGGGGGCAACCACCGAUGUGGAGCUAUCCCAAGACAAUCAUGAAAAUGCAGAUAUGGGGAAACCUGAAAGUCUUGAGCCUCAUUUGGAGGGAUCAAUGGGUGAUAAGGAGAACGAGAUUAGGUGGGGAGAGGUCAAGAUACGCACAUCCAGACAUUCAAGAUCUGGAGAUAUCCUACUACUAGAUGCAUCCAGUGGAUUGGAUGCUAGUGCUGAUGAUCAUAUGGAAAAGAGGAAUUCUGUGAAUGAGAAUGUUACGCCUGAAAGCAUGAAGGGAAGACCUUGCGCUAGUUUAAGCAUCCAAAAGCAUGGAAGUGUCUCGCUUUGCAAAGAUGAGGAACAAUUCGAAACGAAUGCAUCGGAGAAUCUCAAUACUGACAAAGGGCUUGUUGAGUCAUCUCUUGUGGUAGAGGACAAAGUGAAAUUUGGUGUUGCUGCUGCCACGUUUAAUGAGAAUCUUGACAAGGGAUGUGAACGCCCAUCGACGUAUGAUAAGUAUACGGAUGAUGCAUCGGAAACAAGUGGGUUUGCUCGGUCGAAUCACUAUCAUGAACAGGAAAAUGCUCCCCAUAACCCAACGAAGAUUAAAAUUAAGACGAAGACGAGGAUCUUAGCUGAUCCUAGAAACCCGUCAAAACUAAAAUUUGUUGCGGCUGCAAAAGAACUAGCUAGUCCAGGAGAUAACUUUACCCAUGUGGAGGACGAUCCAAUUACCCAAGUAGCAAAAGCUACUGGAGAUAGAUCAAACUCUUUGCAUUUAUCGUUCAAGUUGAAGACUGAUUUGGAUGGUUGUGACGGUGAUUUGGAAGAAGAUACUUCAAACACCGAUGUCCACCAUGAUUCAGUGAUUGGUUUUCCUGAAACUGCUACUGAUGUAGUACGCAGAACAAGAUCCUUCAACAUGAAGGCCUGUUCAAGAGGAAAUCAUCAAACAGUGGGGACAUCAAAAGUUGCAGAAGAGUGCUCAAGGAAAGAGCAUAAUCAACUUGAUCGAAGAUCAAGGUCCUCUAGAAAUCACCGGGCUUUAUAUAAUACUUAUGACCGAGGUUCAUCAGCCCAAAGGAUGUCAAAUUAUCCUGUUGGAAAACUAUCGUGGCUAAUGUUGUCAGAGUAUGAGGAUGGUUAUCGAUAUAUUCCUCAGCUUGGUGAUGACGUCGUAUAUUUGAGACAGGGUCACCAAGAGUUUGCAGAGUCGUGCAGCUCACGCGAAUGUCCUCCGAGAUUGCUUAAGGGAAACCUGAAUGCCGUGGAGAUUUGCAAGGUUGAGAGUCUUGACUAUACAUGGGUAGCAGGUUCUGGGGAGAGCUGCUGUAAAAUUAAGCUCAAAUUCAUGGAUCCUUCUUCCAAUGUGUUAGGAAAAUCAUUCACAUUGACGCUGCCUGAGCUGCGAGACUUCUCUGAUUUUGUUGUUGAGAAGACAUUGUACGAUGCUGCAAUUAAAAGGAAGUGGACUACUAGGGAUAAAUGCAUGGUUUGGUGGAGGAACGAGAACGGGGAAGGUGGUAAGUGGUGGGAUGGGCGAAUUGUUGCAUCCCAAGCCAGAUCACAGGACUUUCCGGACAGCCCCUGGUUACGAUAUCAAGUUCGGUACAAGGACGAUUCCACUGAAGAUCAGUGUCAUUGUCCUUGGGAACUGCAUGAUGAACGGAUACUAUGGGAGCGUCCUCAUAUCGAUUCUGAAAGCAGAGAUAAUUUGCUGCAUUAUUUCUCGAAGCUGGAGGAUAAGGACUACAGAACGAUCCAACAAAUGAAUCAAGCUGUUCAGAAGACAGAUUUCUGCAACAGGUUUGCAGUUCCGUUGUACCCCGAACUGAUCAAGGCAAGGUUGAGGAAUAACUACUAUAGGAGCUUGGAAGCAGUCAAGAAUGACAUGAGAGUGAUGCUUUCAAACGCGGAAUCUUACUUCGUGAGGAAAGAAUUACAAGCCAAGAUCGGACACGUGUCGGAUUGGCUGACAAGGAAACUUUCAAGGUUAUUAGAGAAAAUGGAUUGAGUUUGUUAUAUGGUGAGGAGGAGGAGGCUUUUUCCCUUUAGGAUUUGCGGAAACUCAGAGUAAAAAUUCACAAAUGUAGAUGAUAUUUCUAAGGUCCUGGUUUUGUAGGGAAAGGGAGAUAGUACAAGGGAAUGGGAAAGGAAGGAUUUUAGCUAAUUGCUUCUUGUUCCUGAUUAAUCUCACCGUGUAAAGAAAAUUCAUUUCAAAGAUAUUUUACCAAUUUGUCCACAUAGUGAAUUCAUAUUACAAUUGGAGUACA